CAAAAUUUGCAAUGUUUGUCUCUCAACUUGGCCCAUGUUGUGCAAUUUAUUUCAUAAAUAUAGCGUAAUUUUAAAGUUAUCUGUCCAUUCCAAGUAACUGUAUUAUUACUGGACAUUAGUGCGAAAAAAUCUUAUAAGAAUUUAAAUUCAGAAAACAAGAUGCGACUCGUAGAUUCAUCGAAACUUCUUCAACUUCAAAACAAACCUACAAACAUUCGAAAUAUUUGCAUAGUGGCACACGUGGAUCAUGGGAAAACUACCUUAGCAGACUCUUUGAUAUCUAGCAAUGGCAUCAUAUCCCAGAGGAUGUCUGGAAAGCUGCGAUACAUGGACAGCAGGCCUGAUGAACAGGAGAGGGGAAUUACCAUGAAAAGCAGUAGUAUUGCCUUAUUUCACGCUGUAGAUCAGCAGGAAUACUUGGUAAACCUCAUAGAUUCUCCUGGACACAUCGAUUUCUCCAGUGAGGUAUCUACUGCAGUCCGAUUGUGUGAUGGAGCAAUUGUUGUAGUGGAUGUUGUAGAAGGGGUAUGUCCUCAAACAAGACUCGCACUCAAACAAGCUUAUUCAGAGAACAUCCGUGCUGUGUUGGUUCUAAAUAAAAUUGACCGACUUAUAUUAGAAAUGCAGUUGACCCCACUUGAUGCGUAUGUACAUUUAACACAAGUGCUGGAACAAGUUAAUGCGGUCAUGGGAGAACUGUUCACAACUGAAGUGUUUGAAAAUGAAGAAAAUACAAUGGAAAAACAGCAACAAAAACAACAAGCUCCUAAAGGCGACAAUGACUACUCUGAUUGGGCCUCGGCAUUAGAAGACGCAGAUGACUCAAACCUUUACUUCUCCCCAGAGCAAGGGAAUGUUGUGUUCGCCAGCGCUAUUGAUGGAUGGGGCUUCACUAUUCAUACGUUUGCCAGAUUGUUCUCUCAAAAACUAGGAAUCAAAGAAGAGCUACUAAGAAAAGUGUUGUGGGGUGACUUCUACUUGAAUACAAAAGCAAAAAGAGUGAUGAAAGGUGCACAAGAAAAGGCGAAAAAGCCGUUAUUCGUCCAAGUUAUCUUAGACAACCUGUGGAAUGUAUACGAAACAAUUGUUACUAGGAAUGAGAAAGAAAAAGUCCCAGUUAUGUGUGAAAAAUUGGGAAUCAAACUGACUGCCCGCGAUUUGAGGCAUACUGACACCCGUAUUCAGCUUCAGUCUCUAAUGAUGCAAUGGCUUCCUUUGUCACUAACUGUACUCAAUAUGGUUUGCAGAAAACUACCUUCCCCCAAGGAAAUACUACCAGAGAAGGUGGAAAAACUGAUGUGUUCGGGUAUAAGAGAUUUUGAAACGUAUCAUCCGGAGACGCAAAAACUAAAAAGAGACUUCCUUGCCUGUGAUAGUAGUGAUGAUAGGCCUGUUAUUGUUUUUAUAUCUAAAAUGUUUGGUGUAGAUAAAAGUGUUUUGCCUGAAAAUAAGCCAAAAACGUUGACUGAUGAGGAAAUGGCAUUAAGAAGGGAGAAAGCUAGACAGCUGCGUGAAGAAAGAAAACAGAAUAACGAUGUUGAGGAACCAACUCCUUUAAAAGAAACUCCUGUAAAAGAGGAAAGUGAAAAUAAAGAAGAUGAGAAGGGGAAAGAAGAUGAACCGGCUUUUAUAGCAUUUGCUAGAGUUUUUAGUGGAAAAAUAAAGAAAGGUAGUAAAGUAUAUGUCUUAGGUCCCAAACAUGAUCCGUCCAAAGUACUUGUUAUAAAGGACUUCCAAGUAGAUUCUGAUAAGAAAUUGAAGGAUUUAAAUAGUGAUGAGCAUAUCACUUGUACAGAAAUAAAAUCUUUGUACAUUCUGAUGGGAAGAGAUUUAGAAAGUAUAGAUGAAGCCGUGGCUGGAAAUAUAAUAGGUAUAGGAGGUCUGGAAGACCACGUGCUGAAAACAGCCACGCUCAGCAGUACAAUAGCGUGUCCAGCUUUCAGUGAGCUACAGUACGCAGCGGUGCCUAUACUAAGAGUGGCCAUAGAGCCGGAAAAUCCGUCACAAUUGCCCCAGUUAGUUAAAGGUCUUAAAUUGCUGAAUCAAUCUGACUCGUGCGUACAAGUGUUGCUUCAAGAAACCGGAGAACACGUUUUGGUGACAGCUGGCGAAGUGCAUUUGGAAAGGUGCCUUGAGGACUUGAAAAACCACUAUGCUAGAAUUCCUAUCACCGUAUCCGAGCCGAUCGUACCUUUCAGAGAAACUAUUGUCGAACCACCGAAACUCGAUAUGGCCAACGAAGAGAUAGCCCUUCAACAAAUGGACAAAAACACUAAAGAAGAGGACCCAGUGAUCACAGUCUACACAAAUAAUAAACAAAGUAGAAUAAAAAUAAGAGCUAGGCCGUUACCCAAUGAAAUAACGGCACUACUAGAAAAAUCUACAGAUUUACUCAAAGCGAUAUCGCAACACAUAAAAUAUUUACAAGGGUUGUCUAAAAACGAAAAUGUUGAGGCUAAACUUGAAGGUCUCUACAUAAACGGAACAAAACAAAGAUUAUCCGAACGAAUGUUAAAAUUAAUAGAAACUUUCAAAGAGGAUUUACAGAGAAUAUCUGCAAAAUUAGGACCAGAAUGGAAAGACUUUGUUUCGCAAAUUUGGUCUGUUGGGCCUAGAAAUUGUGGUGCAAAUUUACUUUUGAAUCAAACGGAUUAUAGUACUAAAUUCUUAGAUCAUGAGAAGGAAAUAAUAGAAGAUCAUAGAUUUGAAUAUGAAGGUAGUUUUGUAAACGGGUUUCAACUGGCGACUUUGGCCGGGCCGUUAUGCGAGGAACCUAUGAUGGGUGUUGCUUUUUGUGUGGAGGAGUGGACUUUGGAUAAAAGUGAAGGGGUCGAUGUAUCACAUACAUUUGGACCACUAUCAGGUCAAAUAAUGUCAGCGGUGAAGGAUGGCUGCCGGAGAGCGUUCCAAGUUCAGCCCCAACGCGUCAUGGCGGCCAUGUACUCUUGUGAUAUAGUCGUGGACCAGAAAGUUUUAGGCAAGCUGUACGCGGCGCUGGGCCGGCGCGGGGGCAGGGUGAUCGCGAGCGAUCUGCAGAGCGGCUCAGCUUCGUUCAGGGUCCGGGCACUGCUUCCAGUGGCAGAGAGUUUCAAGUUCGCCCUAGAGCUGAGGACGCACACUUCAGGCUUGGCUGCUCCUCAGAUGCUGUUCAGCCAUUGGGAGGUAAUAGAUAUUGACCCAUUCUGGCGCCCGCGCACCGAAGAGGAAUACCUCCAUUGGGGCGAAAAAUGGGACGGGGUGAACAGAGCCAAAGCGUAUAUGGACUCCGUGCGGGCGAGAAAAGGACUAGCGACGGACAAGAAGCUUGUUGAACAUGCUGAGAAGCAAAGGACAUUAUCUAAGAAAAAAUAGAGCUGAUAAGAGCACGGAGAAAGUAGUAACAAUUGAUAUUAAAUCCAAGAUUAUCUUUGGUGUAGCUUUGUUUGAUAUGUCUUGGGGUUGACUCUUGUCAAAAGUUAUCUCCAACUUGUGUGUCCGCCACUGCAUGAGGUUGGUUUCAGAGUUAUUCGUUUGUACCAUCGUCAAGACGAACCCGUUCGAAAAUUACUAUGUAAAGUAGCCGCGUUUCAUGGCGACGCACUUCAAACGCGCCAUUAAACUGUUGUAGUCAACAACAUAUCAAGUUACUCAAAUUCACUGCGAAUGCGACCAUAUUAAUAUGCUAUAGAGUUCUUCAAGACUUGAAGUUGACUGACUAUGCAACGAAACGCAUGAUAAAACAACGCGCGCAUUGAAACGCGCUGGAAUACGGCCCUUGUCGCCGACACUCUGAAAUCAGCUUAGUAUUUGAAUUAACAUACUGUAUAAUGCUAACUUACUAAAUUUAAAUGCUCGAUGUGAAUACCGCAGUAGGUAUAGGUACACUGUAAUGGAUAAAUUUAGCAAUAGGCAAUGUUUGAGUGAAAUUUAUUAAAAUUGUUUGAUGCUGACAAUUGUUGUCAUGUUCAUGUCAUGGCUAUAACUUAUUGUUAAUGUCACAUCGUUUUCCAUAUUUAUUAAAACAUGUAUAAUAUUGUAUAGAUGAGCGUAGAAGACUAUGUACUUUCAAUUGCGUUUCAUAGGUACUCAGAUACCUAGUUAAAUUACGAGUAUUUUUUUUAAUUUAAAAUAUACAACAUGAA